CCGGGCCCUGUGGUUUCCGCCAGCGGCCUGCAGGGCAGCCAGGCUGUUUGUGUUUCCAGGGCGGGGAGCGCCCGCUGACAGUGUGGGCGCCAGGUCUCAGGCAUGGAGGGCGUCUAGCAGCACCUCCCGCCUCUCCCUAAGCCGGCUGCACGCCUACCCCUGUGGCAACCCACAGUGUCUAUGGGCAGCGACCCGGGGCCUGGCCCUGGACUGGGAGCCGCGGGUUUCGAUGAGCUGUCAGCCCUCCCAGGCCGCGCCUGGGGCCAUGCUACCCGCCCCCCCCCCCGCCCCAGGCACUCCUGGGGGAGCCGCGGACGCCAGUGUCCUGAGAAGGGUGAGGGGGCAUGCCUUUCCCGGUGGCUUGUUGGGCCUCCGAGACGGAGGAAGUAGAUCUGAGGUCUAAGAAAUGGUGAGCAAGGCAAUAGAUGGUAGGUCAGGGCAAACGUAGAAAAUAGUAAAAAAGCCAAAAACCGAGCGCGCCCCCCCCCCCCCCAAGCGUGAAGCCUGAAUUCCACCGCGGACCCCUGGAAACUACAACUCCCGUGAGGCUCUGCGCGGCACGCAUGCGCCCUGGCAUACGCGGCGUGUGGCAGUUCUAGAACGGCGCGGCGGGUGGAGGGCCCGGGCGCCAUGUUGGGGCCCAGGGGAUAGCGGAGAGACGCUUGAAGCGGCGGGAGCGGAGCGGGAGCGGGUCAGACCUGGGCUGGUAGGAGCCCCGCCCCUCCCGCCUCAGCGGAUCAUGACCCGGGCAGCGGCCACGGCGGUCGCGGUGGCGGGGAACGUGGCGUGGCCGGGCCAGCGCUAGAGAUGAUGCCGUUUCCGGUGACAACCCUGGGAUCACAGCGGACCCCGCCGCCACCCAAGCUCUAUGGCAUCUCCUCCCCCAUCAGUUUAGCCGCCCCCAAGGAGACAGACUGCAUACUUACCCAGAAAUUAAUUGAAACCCUGAAGCCCUUUGGGGUUUUGGAAGAGGAAGAGGAACUGCAGCGCAGGAUUUUAAUUUUGGAAAAAUUAAAUAAUCUGGUAAAGGAAUGGAUAAGAGAAAUCAGUGAAAGCAAAAGUCUUCCACCCGCUAUAAUUGAAAACGUUGGAGGCAAAAUCUUUACAUUCGGCUCGUACAGAUUGGGGGUGCACACGAAAGGGGCCGACAUAGACGCGCUGUGCGUUGCACCAAGACACGUCGACCGAAGUGACUUCUUCACUUCUUUCUAUGCUAAGUUGAAACUACACGAAGAAGUAAAAGACUUAAGGGCUGUUGAGGAGGCAUUUGUGCCAGUUAUCAGACUGUGUUUUGAUGGGAUAGAGAUUGAUAUUUUGUUUGCAAGAUUAGCAUUGCAGACUAUUCCAGAAGAUCUGGACCUAAGAGAUGACAGUCUGCUUAAAAAUUUAGAUAUUAGAUGCAUAAGAAGCCUUAAUGGUUGCCGGGUAACCGAUGAAAUCUUACAUCUAGUACCAAACAUUGACAACUUCAGGUUAACGCUCAGAGCUAUCAAACUGUGGGCGAAAUGCCACAACAUCUACUCCAAUAUACUGGGCUUCCUGGGAGGCGUUUCCUGGGCCAUGCUGGUGGCAAGAACUUGCCAGCUUUAUCCAAACGCGGUGGCGUCAACUCUUGUGCGUAAGUUUUUCUUAGUGUUUUCUGAGUGGGAGUGGCCAAACCCGGUGCUCCUGAAGGAGCCCGAAGAACAAAACCUUAACUUGCCUGUAUGGGACCCGAGAGUGAACCCCAGCGACAGGUACCACCUCAUGCCUAUCAUCACGCCGGCAUACCCGCAACAGAACUCCACGUACAACGUGUCUGUCUCCACAAGGAUGGUCAUGAUCGAGGAGUUUAAGCAGGGCCUCGCUAUCACACAUGAGAUUCUGCUGAGUAAGGCAGAGUGGUCCAAACUUUUUGAAGCUCCAAGCUUCUUUCAAAAGUAUAAGCAUUACAUUGUCCUUCUGGCAAGCGCACCAACAGAAAAGCAGCGGCUGGAGUGGGUGGGCUUGGUAGAAUCAAAAAUCCGAAUCCUGGUGGGAAGCUUGGAGAAGAACGAGUUCAUUACACUGGCUCACGUGAACCCUCAGUCAUUCCCCGCGCCCAAAGAGAACCCCGACAAGGAAGAGUUUUGCACCAUGUGGGUGAUUGGGUUAGUGUUAAAAAAGCCAGAAAAUUCUGAAGUUCUCAGUAUUGACCUCACCUAUGACAUCCAGUCUUUCACAGACACAGUUUAUAGGCAAGCAAUAAAUAGUAAGAUGUUUGAGAUGGAUAUGAAAAUCGAUGCAAUGCAUUUAAGAAGAAAGGAGCUUCACCAACUGCUGCCUAAUCACGUGCUGCAGAAGAAUAAAACGCAUUCGAUGGAAGAUGUCCGAUUGACAGCUCUGAAUGACAGCAGUCUCGACUCGUCCGCAGACAGUGAGAGCAGCGUGUCUGUGCCUUCGCCUACCAGCACGGUGAAGACUGGCCCGGUGACCGGUGCCUCUCAGGGCAGACACAGCCCUGCUCUGGCUGUAAUGGCGGCGUCUGCGACCAGCGUACAGGUUACUGAGGUCACCUUGCAGCAGGCGAACCCCAGCGAGAGCUCGGGGGGUGUGAGUGAGAGCAUUCCUCCGACUGCCCCACAGGUAGCCAUUUCUCCGCCUCCAAAGCCCACGAUCACUAGACUUGUUUCUUCCACACUUCUGGUAAACCACCCGCCCAGGCCUUCCGGGGCCACGGCCACAAACAUAGCUAACCCCAUAGUAGGAGUCUAGAGGACGUUCUCACCGCACAGAGACGGAAGCACCGAGGACGCUGAGAUAGAAGAGGAGCGAUCUUGUGAAGAGACAGUACCCUCCAUCGGAGUAUUCAGACGGCAGCUUCGCUGUUGGCCUGGCAGGAGACAUCCAGUAGCAACCUUUCCAAUACCCCUGCUCUCCCUGCACAUCCUAUUCCUGUUAACAAGACUUCAAUAAAACAGAUUGAACUGAU